UGACGCGGGGCCCGUGGCUCCCGGGGAGGAUGGACUCAGCUCCGCGCUCGCCGGGGCUUCCCCGGGCUGGAGAGCGCGCCUGAGUGCCGCCGCCCGCCGGGCAUGGGGAGCCGCUUCCUGGGCGGCUGCGGCAGAGGAGGAGGAUGCUCUGGGCGAGCCGAGCACUCCCAAAGAGUGAAUGACGUGUGCAGCUCGGGGUGCCGUUUCUGAAGGGAGGAGCCUUUCUCUUGGAGAGGAGUCCUCGAUGAGCCUGGCCGAGGUCCGGGAUCUGUGUGAAGUGGACUAAGGAUUAAGUAGGAUGUCAACUGAGACAGAACUUCAAGUAGCUGUGAAAACCAGCGCCAAGAAAGACUCCAGAAAGAAAGGUCAGGAUCGCAGUGAAGCCACUUUGAUAAAGAGGUUUAAAGGUGAAGGGGUCCGGUACAAAGCCAAACUGAUUGGGAUUGAUGAAGUUUCCGCAGCUCGGGGAGACAAGUUAUGUCAAGACUCCAUGAUGAAACUCAAGGGCGUUGUUGCUGGCGCUCGUUCCAAAGGAGAACACAAACAGAAAAUCUUUUUAACCAUCUCCUUUGGAGGGAUCAAAAUCUUUGAUGAGAAGACAGGGGCCCUUCAGCAUCAUCAUGCUGUUCAUGAAAUUUCCUACAUCGCAAAGGACAUCACAGACCACCGGGCCUUUGGAUACGUUUGUGGGAAGGAAGGGAAUCACAGAUUUGUGGCCAUAAAAACAGCCCAGGCGGCUGAACCUGUUAUUCUGGACUUGAGAGAUCUCUUUCAACUCAUUUACGAAUUGAAGCAAAGAGAAGAAUUGGAAAAGAAGGCACAAAAAGAUAAGCAGUGUGAGCAAGCCGUGUACCAGACAAUUUUGGAAGAGGAUGUUGAAGAUCCUGUGUACCAGUACAUUGUGUUUGAGGCUGGACACGAGCCAAUCCGUGAUCCYGAAACAGAAGAAAACAUUUACCAGGUUCCCACCAGCCAAAAGAAGGAAGGUGUUUAUGAUGUGCCAAAAAGUCAACCUGCUGUGACCCAAUUAGAACUUUUUGGGGACAUGUCCACCCCUCCUGAUAUAACCUCUCCCCCCACUCCUGCAACUCCAGGUGAUGCCUUCAUCCCGUCUUCAUCCCAGACACUUCCGGCCAGUGCAGAUGUGUUUGGUUCUGUACCUUUCGGCACUGCUGCUGUACCCUCAGGUUAUGUUGCAAUGGGCGCCGUCCUCCCAUCCUUCUGGGGCCAGCAGCCCCUCGUCCAACAGCAGAUCGCCAUGGGUGCUCAGCCACCAGUCGCUCAGGUGAUGCCGGGGGCUCAGCCCAUCGCAUGGGGCCAGCCGGGUCUCUUUCCUGCCACUCAGCAGCCCUGGCCAGCUGUGGCCGGGCAGUUUCCGCCAGCCGCCUUCAUGCCCACACAAACUGUUAUGCCUUUGCCAGCUGCCAUGUUCCAGGGUCCCCUCACCCCCCUUGCAACCGUCCCAGGCACGAGUGACUCCACCAGGUCAAGUCCACAAACCGACAAGCCCAGGCAGAAAAUGGGGAAAGAAAUGUUUAAGGAUUUCCAGAUGGUCCAGCCUCCACCCGUGCCCUCCCGCAAACCCGACCAGCCCUCCCUCACCUGUACCUCAGAGGCCUUCUCCAGUUACUUCAACAAAGUCGGGGUGGCACAGGAUACAGACGACUGUGAUGACUUUGACAUCUCCCAGUUGAAUUUGACCCCUGUGACUUCCACCACACCAUCGACCAACUCACCUCCAACCCCAGCCCCUAGGCAGAGCUCGCCAUCCAAAUCAUCUGCAUCCCACGCCAGUGAUCCGACCACAGAUGAUAUCUUUGAAGAGGGCUUUGAAAGUCCCAGCAAAAGUGAAGAGCAAGAAGCUCCUGAUGGAUCACAGGCCUCCUCCACCAGUGAUCCAUUUGGUGAAACCAGUGGUGAGCCCCGUGGUGAUAAUAUAAGUCCACAGGCCGGUAGCUAGAUAGCGCAGGUCUGGGAGCCAGAGCCUCUCUAUGCGCAGAUCAACCGACCUAAGAAGUAGCAUCAAUGUGAGCUCAUGGUGGGUGCUUCCAGACUGGCACGGAAAUCGGCAUGGCGACAGGCUCUCUUGUAUUCUUUCACCUCACCUCAUCUCACGAAGAAAUUCACUAUUGCCCGAUGGAACUCCUUCUGAGGAGGGAACUAAGCAUUUUCGGCAACCAAUGGCAGAUAUCUAUGGCAGCACAAAAAAAAAAUCCACAAAAGUAUAUAUAUAUAUAAAUAAAAAACACCCAACAUUAAAUCACAAAUCAAGCAAAUACUUACCCAACAAAUAUUCUGAGCUCUCUUAGCUGGGUUUAAAAUGACCUGGGAUAUAAAAUCGUAAUUCUGCUUUUAUUUCUCUACCUGUUGACCACUGUAGAGACAGAAAAUUUGGAGUGACAGGCAUCAGAGAAUUGCAACAAGGUUGGCACUGACUUCUUUUAGGCAAAAGCAAGAGGGUCCACUGUGACCACAAUGUCAUCAUUGACCCUAUGCCUUCUGGCAUAUGAUGAGUUUUCCCAUUGCUCCACAGGGCUUGGUCUGCCAUCCCUCACCCACACCUUUCCUUUCUUUGUCAUGUUUGAAAAUUAAUGGGUGUAUAAAUUUUUGUAUUGCUUUUGACUUUUUUUAGAURUGGGUGAAGAAAUCUAACUGGGAGCGGGGGGGGAAAGUCUCUUAUUAUGAAGUAAUUAACUUGAAAUCACAAGACAAAUAAGUGAUGGAUUAUUCAUUGUGAUCAAGAAUGUUGCCAAAAUGACCCUUUAGUCGUUCUGCAAGCUGGUGAAGAAGGACAGUUUUUGGUUUGAAUCUUCACUCUGUGYGUAGGAAAGGACAUCAAAUCCCAUUGAUGAGAAAGAUGGAAAAAAAAAAUGCAUCUGGUUUCCUAAGAAGCUCUAAACUCUGAGUACAAUAAAAUGAUAUUUUUAUUUUCCCGAUACUUUGCUGCUGUGAUACUAUGCAGACAAGUGUCUUCUCCACGUGCCAUUUUCAAAGAAAAGUCAUUUGCCAAAUAAUUCUGGUACAAUCCUGGUCGUGUGGUUUUGGAUCUUGAGAACUGACUUUCUGCUGGAACAAUGAGGACAUAAAACAUUCAGCCUAACAAACUGAUCCCGUGGUCAAAAUGGUUCAUCUCUCUUUUUGUACAUCCGAAAAUUCAAACGGGAUUUUUAUUUUGUAACUUGAAAAAGAAAAAAAAAAAAAACCUUACCAUUAAACUCUUUAAAUAUUUAAGGGAAAUGGCUUUAAGGAGUUCUAAUGAAAAAAAAAUUGUCAGUUUUUUUUUUUUGUAAAUAUAAAUGUUAAUGAAAAUGCUUUUUAAUAAUGCCAUUACACUGUAGAGAAGGUGGCAGGCUGCGUGCAAAGUGUGACACCUUGAUGGAUGGGGCUCACUCUCCAGAUGUUCCACUGGAGCAGAUGGCAGGAAGGAGGUCGGGGACAGCUGGCGGGAGCAUCUGGCCCAUCAGCAGCUGGGGAAAAAGAGGGGGACUGUGGCUCCAUAAGCCCACCUUCCACCAGCAUGCCCACGUGGUGUGCAGAACAGGAACAAGGUGGUUCGCAUUAGAAGGCCUGGCCUUGAGGUCCGCACACUCUCCACACCCACCUACUCCCUCCAUAAAUCACGGACUCUGUGUUCGAAACAGAGGGUUUAAGCUUCCUGUUUUUACACGGAUGGGACAAAAAGUGCAGUGUUCGGUUCACAUGUUCCGCACAUGAUUUUCAUAAAGAAUUAUAUAUUUUUUUCCCUACAGAGAAUUGUUAUACAGGUCACACGUGUUUUCCUGAUGUUCCUAUGCAGUUACGGUAUGUUGACUUUAGUGGUUUAACACUAAGAAGGAAUCUUUAAAGAAUCCUGUAAUUCACUGGAUUGUGGGGGGGUGAUUCUUAUUACUUGGUUUAAAAUUUGAAAAGUAGAAUUUGCAUGGAUCUGAUUGGCUCCAAUAGGCCUGUAUGCUUUGGCUCUUCAUGUCGCUAGAAAUGGAAAUGGUUUGGAAGAUGAAUUCUAAAAUGAUUGUACCCUUUAUUCUCCCAAAAAARAAGAAAGAAAAAAUAGAGAGAUGUGUAGGUGAUUAUUGCUAUCUGAAGCCCACAUAUUACCCAAUAAGGUCAUUGGAAUCAGAUUUGGGGUGGGGGGGGUGUGGAUAAACUGACCAAAUGCCAAAUGUUCAUUAGAGAAUAUACAUCAAUGUCAUCCCAGUGUGGAAGAUCCCAAGAACCAGAAAAGCGAGAAGGCCAUGUAGCACCUGCAGUGUCAACUGGGGUCCCAAGACCCCUCCAGCAGCGUCCAGAGAUAUAAUCAGGCAGUGCUGUCAUAGGAAGGAGAAACGGGAAAGGUGUGAUCAGCAGGGGAGUUGUCCUGAAACCAGUUCGACRGUGAGUUCUGGAGGUUGGAUAAGGUGGGCAGUUCCCGGGGGGAGAUCACCCAAGCUGCUGUUCUCCUCGAUCCCGAUUCUAUACAGUGGUGCUAUCUUCUCCCUCAACGUGGCCAUCCUGAGUUUGUCCCGCAGUAUCACACCAUCAUGCCCAUGCUUCCGGUUGCUUCUGCAGUGUUCAAAGUGAACCGUAGCUGAUGUUUCGGGUGCACCUUCCGGAGUUAAUUUCAUAGCAGAGGGUGACAGCCCAAUGGCUUGUCAUCACUCAUUGAACAUGCUUGAAAAUGUAACUGGCUCUGAACUUCCGGAAGAUGCCCAUGUGAUGCGUUAAAGAGGGAAAUAAAGUUGAGAUUUUUAAACUGCCAUCUAUAGUCUCAUUGGCAGAAUUCUGAUUUUUUUUUUUUUCCAAGCGCUGUUUGGUGAGUCCAGCCACACCGUACCCUAUCCCAGGAAUACAGUGACAUUUCCAAACAAGAGCUGAGGUGCCAAUACCAAAAGAGCAUGGGGAGUCUGCACAGUUUCUGGUUAGAUCAAUAGAAAAAAAAUCCAUGUACGUAACUGUUAAUUCCUCAUCCUUCACUAGCACUAAAUUUGUCACUUUAAAUUUUGAACCAGGGAAAUGCCACCUGUCGUUCUGUCCCCAUUCCCCAUAGCUCUUCAAUCUUUACAUGCCGCAAGACUUUUUUGAUAACUUGUACUCAUMCCAGUGUCUACUGAAACCCCAUCAUGUAAUGUACCGGGCACCUUCUUUUAAAAAAAAAAAAAAAAUGUUUACUCUGUGGGUUUGGUUCAUUUCAAUUUCUGCGUUCUGACACAUAUUUUUUUAAUAAAGAUGAGAAAGAGAAAAUGACUGUUGCAGUACAUUUCUAGACCUACUUUAACUUUACCUCAGAUGACAGUUUGUUAACAUAUAUGGACACAUUAUUUUUAACUUUAUGUACAAUGCAUUCAACAGAACAGCGAAAUUUUUAGAGAUUUUCCAUUAAUUUCUGUAACACGCCAUGUAAAACUGUUACAAAUAAACAUGUUUGAGAACAACA